CAGCCUCGUUCCGGGUUGGUAUAAACUUUGCCGUCGCCUUUGUUCGCUGUGGUGGCGCAGUAGUCGGAGCGGCUUUUCCGUGCUGCUCGGGGACCCUGCCGCCGUCCCUCGUGCCGCGCUGCCCGGAAAGACCCGCCGGCUCGGCUCGCACGACCGGGACACCGUCGCAGCCCCCCUCCCCCCACUCAGCGGCUGGAAGAAAAAAAAAACCCUCAACAUGGUUGAAGCCGAUCGCCCAGGAAAGCUCUUCAUUGGUGGGCUCAAUACUGAAACAAACGAGAAAGCCCUUGAAGCGGUCUUCGGCAAAUAUGGACGAAUAGUGGAAGUACUUUUGAUGAAAGACCGCGAAACCAACAAAUCAAGAGGCUUUGCUUUCGUCACCUUCGAAAGCCCCGCGGAUGCUAAGGAUGCCGCCAGAGACAUGAAUGGCAAGUCGUUGGAUGGAAAAGCCAUCAAGGUGGAGCAAGCCACCAAACCGUCGUUCGAGAGUGGUCGACGGGGACCGCUGCCGCCUCCGCGGAGCCGAGGCCUCCGGGGAGGGAGCGGCGGAACGAGGGGCCCCCCGUCACGUGGAGGACACAUGGAUGACGGCGGCUAUUCCAUGAACUUCAACAUGAGUUCUUCCAGGGGACUGCUUCCGGUCAAAAGAGGACCGCCACCCCGAAGUGGGGGUCCCCCACCCAAAAGGUCAGCGCCCUCAGGACCUGUUCGCAGCAGCAGUGGCAUGGGGGGCCGAGCCCCCGUGUCGCGUGGAAGAGAGAGUUACGGAGGCCCGCCACGAAGGGAGCCCUUGUCCUCCCGUCGCGAUGUCUACUUGUCGCCCAGAGACGAUGGGUACUCCACGAAGGACAGCUAUUCCAGCAGAGAUUACCCAAGCUCUCGGGACACCCGAGACUACGCGCCGCCGCCCAGAGAUUACACCUACCGAGAUUACGGGCACUCCAGCUCGCGCGACGACUACCCCCCGUCCAGAGGCUACAGUGACCGCGACGGCUACGGUCGGGAUCGUGACUACUCGGACCACCCGAGCGGCGGCUCCUACCGAGAUUCCUACGAGAGUUACGGGAACUCGCGCAGCGGCCCGCCGGCGCGCGGGCCGCCGCCGUCCUACGGGGGGAGCAGCCGCUACGACGACUACAGCAGCUCGCGCGACGGCUACGGCGGCAGCCGAGACAGUUACUCCAGCAGCCGCAGCGACCUCUACUCCAGUGGCCGUGACCGCUUCGGCCGACAAGAACGAGGGCUCCCGCCUUCCAUGGAAAGGGGGUACCCUCCGCCACGUGAUUCUUCCUACAGCAGCUCCAGCCGCGGAGCACCAAGAGUCGGUGGCCGUGGAGGAAGCCGCUCCGAUAGAGGGGGAGGCAGAAGCAGAUACUAGAAAGAAAACUCUGGACCAAAAAACCCCAUUCAGAGAAACAGAAGAAAAAAGAGAAAGAGUGGGAGUUAUUCCUUCAUAAUGUCCAUGGGCAACGAAAUUGUGUUACCUUUUUUUUAAGAUUUUUGUUCCUGUUUAAGUUCCCCUUCAUAUUUUUUUUAAUGUUCUUGUGAGGGAAAAAAAAGUAAAACAUGUUUACUUUUAUUUGAUAUUAAGAGUUGCUUUCAGCAGGCAAAUGUUAAAUGUGUAAGACUUGACUUGUGCUAGUGUUGUAAUUUUCCAAGUAAAAGUGUCCUAAAGGCAAAAAAAAAAAAAAAAAAAAAAGUGAAUGUGGUGAAAAAGUUAAGAUCUUUGUCUUGGAGCAGGCCGUAAACAUUGUCACUACUAAUGUGCACUAAAAUAUAAUCUUUUAUCUUUUUCACUUUCACUAGAUGUGUAGUGAAAAAUUUGUAAGAGGUAAAAUAAAAAUACAUUCUUAAAAUUCAA